CCGCCGCCGGCCCGGUUUCCGCGGGCUGCUCUCGCAGCAUCUCCCGUUCCUGUAGCAACCGGCAAAGCGCAGAGAUGCUCCCGGGCACCGCUGUCUUCGUUUCCCUGGCUCUGCCCGGGAAAACCCCACCCUACACACUCCCCGGGUGCCGGAGCCCCCUUGCAGAGGGCUGGCACUCUCGUCUCAGCCCCGUAAUCACCGGCAGACACGGGCUGCCAUCGAUAGGCUUCAGGGUGAACACCCCCACGGCGCGGAGCAGAGGAACGGAGACCCGAAGAACAAGAUUUAUUGAUGCCAAGGAGUCGGUCACCCAACUCCUCGAGGGCCACGUGUACCAACGUUCUGACACCCACCACUUCUGCUACACCAACACACGUGUCCCACAGUGGCACGAAAUAUGGACCAGGAUGCAGAUCCGGGUCAACAGCAGCCGGAUGAUCCGAGUGACCCAGGUGGACAGCGAGGAGAAACUUGAAGGUUUUGGCAUUUGGGAUUUCGUCUCCUCCUUGUUGAAAGAGAAACUGAACGACACCAGCAUUGACGUGGAUCUCUACAGCAACAAAACCUGCCUGAAAGUCGAGCUGCUGGAGGAUGGCACCACGUACUGCGUCGUCCUCUUCCGACGCUUUGACCCUAAGCUGUUCCUGGUUUUCUUCCUGGGCCUGUUGUUGUUCUUCUGUGGGGACGUGUUGAGCAGGAGCCAACUCUUCUAUUACUCUGCUGGGAUUAGUUUUGGCUUGCUGGCCUCACUGCUCAUCCUUGUCUACAUGAUGUCCAAGGUCAUGCCCAAGAGAAGUCCAGUUUACUUCCUGCUGGUGGGAGGCUGGUCCUUUUCCCUCUACCUGCUUCAGCUGAUCUUCAAGAACCUCCGGGAGAUCUGCAAGUCCCACUGGCAGUAUGUCCUAGGCUACCUGCUGCUCGUCGGCUUCGUGAGCUUCGGUGUCUGCUACAGGUACGGCCCUCUGGAGAACGAGCGGAGCAUCAACCUCCUCUCCUGGGCCCUGCAGCUCCUGGGGCUGUUGCUAAUGUACUCAGGCAUCCAGAUCCAUCCCUUUGCCUUGGCCUUGGUGGUCAUUGCCAUCUGCACCAAGAACCUGGACUACCCCUUGCAGUGGACCUUUGCUGCCUACAGGAGAAUACAGAGUGCCAGGCAGAGGCCAAGCCCCCCACGCCUGCUGACAGAGGAGGAGUACAGGGUCCAGGGUGAGGUGGAGACACGCAAGGCCCUUGAGGAGCUCCGAGACUACUGCAGAAGCCCAGAUUUCUCUGCCUGGACUGCAGUCUCCCGCAUCCAGUCUCCCAAGAGGUUUGCCGACUUUGUGGGUGGCUCCUGUCAUGUCACCCCCAGUGAGAUCUCUGCCCACGAUCAGGAGUAUGGCCUGGGUGUCAUCUUCCUUGAGGACCAGUUUGAGGAGGAGGAGGAGGAAGAGGAGGAGGAGAAUGAGAAUGAACUCUUGGACAGGAAUCACAAGAGUUAUUCCCUGAUCUACAACCACCUGGAUGCUCAUGGAGGAAGCUCCUGCUAGGCCCAGUGUGAAGCUUCUGUCAGCACAGCCCUGGGUGUUGGUGUCACAGGGAGCUGGUCCCUGCUGGGGGUAGCAGGGCAGACACGAUGUGGGAGGCUGGUCCUGCCUGAAAGUGGACAGGUUGCUCCUGGUGUGGGUGCUGAUGCCUGAGAGGGUGACAUGCAAGUGAGGAACUUUGGACCUGUCCCACUGGUACCUGCGUGCUCAGCAGCUGCCUGCUGUGUUGAGGGAGAGGACAGCUGAUGACCUGCUCCUCCUCCUCCUGCUGUUACCAAAGAUGACAGAGGGCUUCAGCUGGUUGGGUUGUGCCUCUGCCUGGGCUGGAAUCCUAUCCCAUAUAAAUACCAAAAACCCCAGCACCUCUCUGGCAGAGUAAGGGUUGAGACAGCCCUUCCCUGUGCAUCACACAGUUUGGGAAAAGGCACCUUGGAGCCCACCCUGGGCCCUUAUCCCACUCCCCUGGCUGCUGUGUUGUGGCAGAGGCCUCCCUUGUCCUGUCCCAUGGUCUGCUGGACUCUCCCUGUGCAGAGGAAGACUCUGGAUGUGCUGCCUCCUCCCUGCCUGGCUGGCAGCUCAGUGAGAGCUCCCUUGAAGCUGGUGCCCCCACCCUUGCCCUGCUGUUACAUAGGGCCUGUCCCCACCCUGCUGCUCCCCUGGCCAGCGUGGGCAGGGGAUGGGGACAGCCCUGCCUAUGUCCCUGCACCCUCUGCUGGGAGGGGGGCUCAGCCAGCUCAGCACCACUGGUCCUCAGCCUUUCUGAAGCACAAAGCUGGUGGGGAUACCCCAAUCUAUGCAACUUUCUUAGCAGUAAUGCUGCCCCAUGGCUUCUCUGCUGCCUCUCCCUUCUUCCCUGUGCCACUGCUGGAGCUUUUGCAGUUGGUUUAUUUCUGUCCCAGGUUUACUGCCCUGUGCUUUCCUCCCUGCUCUGCUGUGAGCAGCCUGUUACUGUGUGCCUCCAGCCCCUCUGUGUGGUUAAC